GCCCAACUAAUUAUAAAUUGAAACCAAAAUAUUUUGAAUGUCGAGCUUUUGAGUGUAAAUUUCUACUAAAAAUGAUUUACUCUGUCAUAAAAAUGAAUGUAAAGUAGUAUUGAUAACUUAUAUUUUUAGUAUAAGCCAAAUUGUGCCAAAGUGAGUCAUAUGGAUGGAAUUCUGUAAGAAAUGGCAACAUCUUUAAAGGAGAAGGCGAGAGUGAUAAGGUUUCAUUUUUCAUAAAAAAAUAUUUUCUGUUUGUUUUGUAUUUUACGUUUUGAUUUGUGAUUGUGUCGCAUGAGAAGCUAACCCUGAAUUAUUAUGUAUUUUCUGAUAAAUUGAUGAUUGAAUUAUUUCAUCAAAAAUGUGUGAAGACGAUGCUGUUAUUGCAACAAAUGAUGAGGCUGCCCUUUGCAAACGAUAUGCAGUACAUACUGGUUACUGGGUAGAUCCUCAUAUUGAACACUUUAUCAAAACAACGUCUGAUAGAAAGGCUCCUGAAAUUAGUCGUGGUUACUAUGCCAGGGUGAUGGGCAUGAAAAUUCUACUGGAUCAGUUUCUUAAAACAACAAAUUACAACUGUCAAGUAAUAAAUAUUGGAGCUGGUUUUGAUACAUUAUAUUGGAGACUAAAAGACGAAAAUGUGACUGUAAAAAGCUUCAUUGAAGUUGAUCUCCCUCCUGUUACGUCGAAAAAAUGUUAUAUUAUCAGAAACAGGAAGAAUCUCUUGAGGAUGGUAGCUACUGAAGAUGAUGAUAUUCAGUUUUCUAGCUGUGAGCUGCAUGCUGGGGAAUAUCACCUAGUUGGCUCUGAUAUUAGAAACACAAGCGAGUUAGAAGGCAAACUUCUAAAUGGACUUGUGGAUACUGCUGUUCCUACUGUGUUUCUUUCUGAAUGUGUUCUCGUUUACAAUGAAGAAUCUCUUACUUCCAACUUUCUCAAAUGGGUAGGAGAAAAAUUCCGAACUGCACUGUUCAUCAACUAUGAGCAAGUCAACAUGGGUGACAAAUUCGGUAAUGUUAUGAUCGAAAACCUGAAGAAACGAGGUUGUAACUUAGCUGGUGUGUCAGCUUGCUCAGACCUAGAGAGCCAACGAAAGCGUUUCAUUGACGCUGGCUGGGACGGUGCUAAGUCCUGGGACAUGAUGGAAGUAUAUCAGCACCUUCCUCAGCAUGAUGUGGAUCGCAUUGAGCAUUUGGAAUUCUUAGAUGAGCAAGAGUUACUUCAACAACUUCUUCAACAUUAUUGUAUUACUGUUGCAUUCAAAGGUGAAAGUUUGGAGGAUAUAGGCUUUAACUAAAGAAUUUUUGUGCUUCUUAUUGCUUAUAAACUUCACCAAGUUUUAAAAACAUUAGCUUGUAGUGGAGUCCAUUGUGAUUAUAAAUAAUGUGUUGCCAAAAAGUGAUAAGCUUAUAUGGGUGGCUUGUAAAAUAUCAUUAAGAUCCUUUAAUCGCCAAAUAUGUAUGUCAUAACACUUUGCUCUGAAAAUUGAUAUAUUUUUAAUCAUGAUUUAUAUUGUGCAUAUAAAUUAGCAUCUUUUUUAGGAAUCAAUGUAAAGGCUUAUGCAGGGAUACACAACCUAUGGUCUGGAGGCCAAAAGUGGCCCCUGAACACUUUAUAAUACUAGUAAAAAUAUGAAGAAAAAAAUAAUAGUUAAACUUUUUUUAUUACUUGUUUUUUUCUUUUUUUUUACAGUAAGUUACUGACUCAUAUCGGUCUUUAUUUUAAGUACAAUAUUGUAACCACCUACUUUGCAAGUUUUGUUUAUGGCAAUGGCUUAUUGUUAACUGUAAAAAAUUAAUAUAAGUUUCAUUCUUUUUUUUCUUCUUUUUAUUUAUCAUUCAUUUGUUUGCUAUUUAAUUUUCGAACUAUGUUUGGAGUAAUUUGAAUUAAAUAUAUUUAUAUAAAAUAUAAUAUCCGUAUUGCAUGAAGGACUUAAUUAUGUAUUUGUUAUUCAUAUUAAUAUUUUUAACUAAAAUUUAAAAACAGCCUAAAUUAUUGUAAAUACAGACUUAAGUUAUUGCUGGCCCUCAUCGUAAUACCUAGUUUUUGUUACCCGCUAACUAAAAAAUGGUUGUGCAUCCCUGGUCUUAAAUUAUAUUUAUGUUACAUUUUAUUCUUAAAAAAGGUAAAAAUAAUAAUUUUAAUGUGGAAAGUAUACUACAUAUGUGUCUUUAAAAUCCUCUAAUUGUCCAAUAUGUAUAUACCAUUACAGUUUGCUAUGAAAAAGCUUUAAGUUCUAAUUCUGUAACAUUUUAAUCAUAAAAAGAGACCUAAUUUAAACUUAUUAUAGAAAUUUAGAUCUUUUAAUUGUCAAAUAUGUAUAUCAUAACAAAUUCCUCAUAAAAUAGAUACAUUUUUUUAUCAUUUAAUGUACUAUUUUAUGCGUAAUUUAGUAUUUUUGAUAAAUGAAAUGCCUAUGUAUGUCUUAAAUUCUAAUUUUCUAACAUUUAAAAAGAGAAUUAAUCUGUACUUUUAAUGGGAAAAGAACAUUAAGGGAGAACACAUUUAAAAAAGUUAUGUAUUAAAAUCUUUAGUUUAAUAUAUUUUAGGUUGCAUGUUUACAGGGAUCUAUUCAGGCCGAAUUUACUACGGUUUGGCAGUACCUUCACAAAAUCAACUUUAGGAAAAACAGUAUUUUCACAAAUUCAACUUUAGGAAGAACGGUAGUUUCACAAAAUACUUUUUCUUAAAAUUUUAUUUUUGUAUCCCUUAAGAAAUGAUAAAUUCAUAUUUUUGUGUUGCUUUUUUAAUAUAAUUUUUAAUUUUUCACAAAUUAUGUCUAAAUUUUCACAAAAUAGGUACCUCUCAGAAAAACCUAGACAGACCCCUGGUUUAAUAACAUAGCAAAAGAUGGUGUGUAUGUUUAUAAUAUUGAUAUUUUUACAUAUUAGAAGGAGUAAAUUUAGUCACAUUUAACUGGAUGACUUAAUUAUUGUUAAUAUUGGAGUUAAUGCUUUGCAAAUGGCCUCGAAUGUUUUCAAUACUAAACUACGCCUUUAAUAAAAGUUAACAAUGCUAAACUACACAUAUAAUAAUUAUAUGUAAUUUCUUAUGCAAUUUCAAACCAACUCGGUUCAGUUUCAAAAAUUUCAUAGCAAAAAAAAAAAAUCUUAUUUUAGUCCUUGCCAAAUACUUAUCAUGCAUUCCUUAUCAAAUAUAUAUUAUUUAUUGAAGAUAUUUUUAACUUUGUUAAAUAGUAUUUUGUAUUACACGAGAAAAUUUAAGAAUAGACGUCUUUUUGAAACAAAUAAACCAGCUUGAUUUUGAAUUUAAUUUAUCAUUAUUUGUCUUUUUUAAUUUGUAAUUUUAUUACAAUAUUUUAUUUUGAAUGAUUUCAGAAUGCAAACUAAGAAUCAUACUCAUCAUGUGCGCUGUGGUCUGUUUAUAUGAUUCAAAUUUAUUGUUUCUCCCACAGCUCUUUGUUGCUAACAAUAUCCAUAAUAUAAAAAAAUUUGAAGCAAUUAAAUUUUUUUUCUACUAUUGUAAAUAUGAAAUUUUGUAUUUAAUAACAUUUAAAGCCUGAUUUUGUUUACUGGGCUAAAAUAUCACAUUUAUUAUUCACAGAUAUCUUUUUUUUAUGUUGGCCUUAAUAAUUUUUUAGAUCUUUUUCUAAAAAUUUAGCUCAUAUCAUAUAUCUCAAACAUGCAGUUGAAAAAUUAAUAUGCGUAAAUAAAUAGAUUUAUUAUCCAUUGUUGACCAUGCUUUCGGUGGGUUUAAGCUAGUAUGAACAAAGCAUUCAAAUUAGCAAGCUCAUUUAAAAAAUUUAAAAACAGCAGGGUAAAAUAAUAAAAUCAAACUUAUACAAAAUUUGACUCAUUGUUAUAGACAAAGUAAAUUGUCAUACUAUGCUAAAUCAGCAUUCCUUUAAAGUCCCUGUUUCUUGUUUUCUAAUUUCUGAUCAUAGACACAGAUUGUAAACCUCUUACAUAUUUUAGUUCUGUUUGAUACAGGAUGGUUUGAAUUUCUUAUUUAUAGGCAAUAAAUUUGAAAAUAGUAAAACUUUAUAACA